GUGAGGAAAAAUGAUGCUAAUGCACCUCGGCAGUUCCGUUACCUUAUUGAUAAGAUACUGCCGCAAUCACGGCACGAUUGUAGAGCAGUAGAGCAACGCUACUGGAAGGAUCUUCCAGGUAUCACCAUUUAUGAAUUCCUUGUCAUCAUUGUUGAGACAGUGAGAUGAGACUGAGACUGAGACUGGGAUUAGACAAUGGGCGACGAUACCUACCCCAGGAUUCGGCAGAUCCACCCCACAGUCUGCCCUUUGUUCGUCGGAUUCCCAUCGGCAAUGAAUUCCUUGAGAUCCCGUGAGCAGGUGCGAUUUCACCCGAUCUCGCAGUUGGCCAACUGCCAUCGCCUCCAGACGCUUGCCGAUGCCCUUCCCGCUUUCGGAAUUGUAAAUUACGCGGUAUUCAUGACGGGAGUCGACCAGCGAACAUGCUUAAGGACUUCUGGUGUAGCGGACGCUGAGAAACCAUCAAUUUCACCUCGAGCGACCCCGAUCAAUCUUGAAAAUGUUCUAGCCUCGGUGACUCUUCAUCGGACUGGCGAAUACCUUAUUCGAACCCGAUCGGGGUCGCGUGAGCCCUGUGCGCGAUGCCCCGUCCCUCCCCGCAGGGUUGAACGUUUCUCCCCCAUGGGCGGGCACGACGUACAAGACAAUACCAGCCACCAGUCACGGACGCAGUGGGGUCGGCUUCGGAAGCCGGCAAAGCGAAGUUGGAGUUUCGGCGGAUAAUCGCUUUUGUCGGCUGCGUGGCGGUGGUCACUAGCCGAAACGGAGACGAGCUAUGCAGAGACAAGACCCGGGGAUUUCUUCGACUAGUACUUCU